AUGGUGACUGCAUUUAGAGCUGGCAUUGGUGCUUGGCCCAUGGAGAGAAGCCCUAAUGUACACCCAAGGUUCAGGGAGGUGAUCCAGGUUUUCAAGAAGGUUAGAAGUGAUGUCAUUGGUGACUCAUGUGAAGUUGCUUUGUUUGAUUCAAGUGCAAUUAGACCGUGGCAGCCAUGCGGAAUAUAUGCAUGA